CAACAAACAAAUCUAAUGGGUAGAGAGAGCUGGCUAGGGCUGGGCGGUCGCCUAAAGAAGGCAGUGAAGAAAUUAGCAUUUGUACUCAGCUUCAAACUGAGGCGAUGGCGUUUGGCUUCCAUUGUUGGCUGUGCUUUUACUAGGCGCCGGUUGAGCUUUAAUGACCGAGUGGGCUUACAUGGCUGCAUCGAAGAUGAUCAAGGCGAGAAGUCCGAUGGAAAUAGUUCCUUUAGAGGGGUUCAACGAGCGAAAAGCUUUGCUUAUUCCGACGAUGAUGUUGAUAGGAGAGCGGAUAUUUUCAUUGCUAAUUUUCGUCGUCAGCUUCGUUUUGAAAGACAGAUAUCUUUGGAGUUAAGGUACUGUAAUGGGCGUAGUUUCAAAGGCGACGAAGAUAAUCGGUCGUUUUGACCUUGGUUUCUCAAUUUUGGUUGAAAUUAAGGUAUACCGCGUACCGCUAGAUGGGGUUGAUAAACAGCUAUAUAUGAAGAAGUGAGGACUAUUUCAGCAGAGGGAU